AUGAUCGCAAAGAGGUUGUUGCUAGGCUCGCUCGCAUCGCGGAGCUUUGGCAGGUAUAACUUGCUCAGGAGAAAAGGGCCGAUCGUCUGGACAAGGAAAUUCUCCUCCUCGCGCGAAAGGACUCCUAAUUUUGGCAAAAAAAAAGCGCAAAGUGGGAAUAAAAAAAUCGGUAAGGAAGACAUCAAAUCGAUUGACCAACACGCGGGGGAGAAAUCAUCUUAUUCCCAUGAGUCCGAUGGAGGGUCGUCAGAAGGAAUACUCACCCAUUUAGUAAGCAAAAAUGGAAAGGAGCAAAUGGUAGGGGAACUGCCAAAAUUAGUGCUUGCAAUUUUGCAGGAAAAAUCGUCCCUACCGUCAGAAAAAAAAAUGCUAAUAGAUCAGUACAAACGAAUUGUGUGUGAACGCUUGGAAGGGGUGUCUCAGAAUAAUGCAGAUAAAAAGGAUGCCCUCAAUUUUGCAGACAUUUUUUCCACCUUGUAUUUGUGUUACAUGGAAAAGAUAUUCGACUUGGACUUCGUAACGAAAGUGAAUGCCGCGCUGGAAGUGCUACUCAGUAGGGUCGGUGACAAAAAGGAUCAAAUCGGGCAUCGCGAUGAACGUGAGAAAGAUGUGUUGAAGGAUGUCACAAUUAACCAUUGCAUGAUGAUGUUCCAUUACUUAUCCUCUUUAAAUGUUAAAAAUGUAACAUUGUGCAACCAGGUAGGAGACUAUAUCGUAAGUAAUGAAGUGCCCCCCCUUGUCAUCUACCAUUACCUAGAAUGUCUCAGCCUGCUAGCCGACUCGACUGACAGAAGCGGCAAGAGCAGUCUGCGCGAUUAUGUUGUGCCCGUCGUAGAAAUUUUCUUGGAAAACUUUUACAACUUCAACAAUUACCUUGUGCUGCGAAUUGUGCACUUUCUACAUAAACUGAGCUUUAUGGACGCAGAACUGUUUCUCCUCCUGACAAGGAAGAUAAAUAAAAAUGUGUAUCGGGAGAAUGCCAACCGCUUUGAGUUGUGUCUACUGGCCCGCACGUACGCCCUGUACAAAAGGGAAAACAUCACCUUCAAUAAUUACGUGUGUGAAGAUUUGUUGCGCAACUUGAUCAAAUAUGAGGACAACUUUCAGAACGAAGAGGAUGGACCCGUUAGCAGCCAUGUUAAGAACCCAGAUAACAGCACCUCUGAUGACUUCUCCACCCCGUUGCAGAACCAAUCCGCGAACGCCCCCGAUGUGAUCGAAAUUGAAAACGUGAACCGACAAAACUACCCCCUCUUUAAGCAUCCCCUGUACAACGAUGGAUUGAACUUCUACGCCUUCUUCGUCGACGCCAAGACAACCAACAGGGACAAAUGCUUAGAACGGAAAAAUAAUUUGAACUUAACUUUUGUAAACGGUAAUGCUAACGAGAAAGAGCGCCAAGUAACCAGUACACACAUGUCCGAGUGGCACAAGCUAUUCCUCCACGAUGAGUACAAAGAGAAAGAUAUAAAAAACGAACCAUUCGUUAAGUUGGAAGACACGCAAAAGGGGGAUCGACAAAUGGUAGAAGCGUACAAUCAAUCUUUAUCAGAAGAUCUGCACUUCCAAUUUAACCAUAAGAAAAUUGCACAACUGUUUGAACAGGUGAGCAAAGAUAUGGAUAACGUCGAAAUCGACCUCGUGACCGACGAGGAGGUACCCACACAAAUGGAUGACGAAGCUGUUCACCAGUACAGGAAAAAAAUUCUUUAUAUCGAAAAUUAUUACAUUGGUCAUAUAUUUCACAUAGUAGACUCUUUGCUAUCUUUGAAGGCACACCACAAUUGUGCCACAUUCAAAAAAAUGGAAAAUAAAAUUCUGAAUGCUAUAAAAAAUAAUGAACUGUACAUAAUUGACAAUUUUGAUAGUGACGAAAUUAAAAGCCUGUUAAUUUUUUUAUCACAUACAAAUAGAAAUUACAAAGAGGCAUUUAUUUACGCCCUGACGCAUCGAAUGGUAGAUUUGUACAUUAAUAACUUGUGCCAGCCAAGUACAUUGUCCACAUUUUUUUAUUUUCUGUUGAAUUUCACAAAGCACAGAGUUGUUAAGAAGAACAGAUUUAACCACACCAUAAGGAAUGUCAUCUAUAAUAGCUAUUCUUGGCUCAAUGACAAUAAAAUCGUUUUAAAUCUCACCACGGGUAUCGAUGCGACGAAUGCAGAAGAAAAAGAAAACAGUGACACACGCCGCGUUAUCAAAACGAAAAAUUACUCUCUUCUGCAAGUUCUCUCCAUGCACAUCUGCAAAAAUGUCUAUUUUAUGAGCCUCUCAACGCUAGCCUCCCUACUCAGAUCAAUGUCCUACUUGUUCUUCACCGAUGCCAAUUUUUUUAAUGUGUUCAUACCUCUAUUUAUGAAGCACAUGUCGGAUCUCAGCAACGUAGACAUUUUGAACAUAACUCAGGCCUACAACAAGCAGAAAAUUCAAAACAAAUAUUUCUACUACUUGCUAGCAAAGCAGUACCAGAGCAACCGUUCAGAGGAAACGAAGAAUGCCGACCAGAAAAUUAAGCUAAUUGGCUAG